AGGUCCAAAAUAUCGGGAAUUAUCGCGUUUUCCCGCUGAAUUUCAUCAAAAACAAGCCUGCAGCAUGGAAUGAUGUCUACAAUCCUGGUUGGGCACCCACUGUGAGCAGGAUAGACAUUGCGCACUUUUGCACCCGUUUAAAACAGCUAAAAUGGUCCUUUUUUGCGCUGUAAAUAACUGUGGCAGUCGCGGUAACCGUGAGACACAGUUAUCUUACUUUAGAGUUCCAAAGGUAAAGAAAGAAGAAGGUAAACACAAGAGGGAACUGAAGGGGCAACAGCAGCGGAAGUGGUUAGCAAACAUUGGCCGUGGAGAUAUGAAGAUAGAAAAAAUUGGGAAUUAUCGCGUUUGCUCGCUGCAUUUCAUCAAAAGUAAGGCAUUAUUGAAGUUUUAUCUUUAUUCAUUUGUUAUAUAAAAAUCACCCAAACAACUUAUUUCUUUAUCAUUUAAUAACAGACAAGCCUGCAGCAUGGAAUGAUGUCAACAAUCCUGAUUGGGCACCCACUGUGAAUAUGGGACGCGGCGACGACAAUGAGCAGGAUAAACAACGUGCACAAGAACGCCAUGCACGUGCAACAAGAAGAGAGAGUAUUAAAGCAGAUGUUGUCGCAGCUCAAGCAUCUGUAGCUCUGCAAGUUGAUGCUGAGCAGGCUGAUGAUUAUGAGAACUUUGAAUCGGUGCUGGAAGUACACCGUCAACUUGACAUAGAAACACAAACACCAGUCAAAGAGACAAUGGACACAUCAACACAAACAGACAUGUGUGGAGUAGACAUAACAGUACUGGAAGCACAACUAUACCAAAAAAAUAAAGAGCUCACCAAAGCUAGACAAGAAGCAGCAAAAAUUAAGUUAACACAAGAAAGCCUUUCCAAGGAUGACAAAAAGGUUAGGUUCUACACAGGUUUACCAACAUUUGCAGUUUUGAUGCUGGUCUACCAUUAUGUUAAGGACAAGCUCACCAAAAGACGUUCACUAACACAUUUUCAGCAGUUGCUGAUCGUCUUGAUGAAGCUGCGACUUGCAGUGCCUCAUGAGGAUCUUGCAUAUCGAUUCCUUGUUAGUAAUGCCACACUAUCGCGUGUAUUCACUAGUGGGAUUGAUGCCCUUCACGGCAUAUCCAAGUUAAUUAUUUGGCCUGAAAGAGAUGUUCUGUGGAAAACCAUGCCCAUGCAAUUUCGGCGGACAUUUGGAAAGCGUGUGGCAGUGAUCAUAGAUUGCUUUGAAAUAUUUUUUGAUAGACCUACGAGUUUAGAGGCGCGCGCACAGACUUGGUCUAACUAUAAGCACCAUAACACCAUCAAAUUCUUGAUAGGUAUUACACCAUGUGGUGCUAUUUCAUUUCUAUCUGCAGCAUGGGGGGGGGGCAGAGGCACAGAUAAAACAAUUACACUUUCAUCACAAUUUUUGGACAACCUGCUCCCUGGAGAUGUCAUUUUAGCUGAUCGCGGUUUUGACAUAAAAGAUGCUGCAGGAUUUCACGGUUGUCAAGCAGAAAUCCCUGCAUUUGCAAGAGGAAAAGCACAACUAUCUGCGCUGGAUGUUGAAAAAACUCGUGAAAUAGCUAAUUUACGCACUCAUGUAGAGCGUGUCAUUGGUGGGGUCAGGCAAAAAUUCCCAUUUCUAAGUCAUAUUGUGCCAUUGGAGUACAUGAUUACCAACUCUGAAAAUCAAGUACCCAAAAUUGAUAAAAUUGCAAGGGUCUGUUGUGCACUUUUUAACUUAAAUGAGUCCAUAAUGUCACAGUAGAUGCAGACAAUUGUACUUUAGCAUGUUGUGCAAAUACGAACAAUAAAAACUUUCAACACAGUUUCUUGGCUCAUCAGCAUUUAUUAAGUAUGAAACUGCUAGUAUUUGGCGAACCAUUAAAUAACAAACAUUGUGGCAAAAGUGCACUUCACAAUCUUUAACAUUAGACUUAAAUAGAACUGUCUCACAAAGUGACUGUUGUGUUUUAAAGUGACAAAAAAAAAAUGCCCAUUACGUGGCUGUAAACAGUGCAAGGUAAACGUGGCAUACAAAUGAGAGACUUUGUAUUUAACAUAAACAUUUUCAGCAGAAAACUUUAAAAUCAACUUUUUUUUGGACCUUUUCUUUUAGAUUUUUUGAUGAGCCUACAAUCGGGGCAAAACCA